GUUAUCGAUAGUCGAUUAAAUCAUUUUCUUAAGCUAAAUUUACAGCCGGGCACUUCUAAAUUAUAUUUUCCAACUAAAAAUUUGUAAAUAAAGUGCAAAAUAGCUGAAUGGCUUUGGAACUAGAAGGGUACUCAAUUUGACUAGGUACCAUUCCAAGCAGCCACACGCGAAACAAAGUAGUAGCGAAAAUAUAUACACUUUGCCUUCGCAUGACGUAGUCCGCCUAAAAAGUGAAACGGCAAGAAAAUAAAAAAAAAAAAACAACGACGUCAACACAGAUUGAAAUCUGUGAGGUGUGCGCUGUAGCACUUAACCUGCAGCUUCAAUAUGUUGAUGCGCAGUGUGUGGCUGCUGCAGCGCAGACAUCCAAACUACACACGAACCGCUGUCCAUUGGAGCCGGCAGCACUUCUCUUGGUGUCAUGGCUUGCAGCGCAGUGAAUGUGUAACGCUUCGGUUACAGGCUCGCAGUCGUCUGGGUGGGGGCACAACAUACAAUACGUGCUCCAUGCUCCUGUUGCGUUCUAGCUCCAGUGACAAGGGGGGCGGUAUUAAAGAUAAGGGGCCUGAGACUUCAACUGACCUGCAAAAUACAGAUGACGGAGUAAACCAAUUGCCCGCCGUGCAGACAAAAAAUUUUGAAAUAAAAACCUCAAAGGGCAUUCUCUCAAUAACCACCACCAUCGAGGACUCGAAGAUCAAUGAAAUUGUUUUCGAAAAGGCCGAGUUAUCGCCGGUGGGCAAGCUAAAUGAGCCUGUAUUACAUGUUAUGCAAGGCAGAGAAGACGUCACCACAUCAGCACCGCCACCAGAGUUAAUUCCUACGGCGCAGCAGCGAAAGGACGAGUGUGCACCCUCGUUGAUGCCACCACCGAAGCGACCGCGCUUUGAUUACCGAAUGUCACUCGAGCGAAAUUUUAUAACACCAGCGCGUGCCCUAUCCGAUUUCAUGCUAACUGUCAAAGAUUUAGAGAAGCUGCCAAAAAUAAAGCGCAGAUCCCCCUACGAACAAGAGCCACCUAUGACGGUAUAUUGGCGACGCGAUGUGGAAGCUAAGGCACUCGAAGUCUGGGGCUCAAAGGAGGGUAUUGUUCGGGAGAGACUUAAACGUGAUAUGGAGCGUAAGCAGUAUCAGCAGAAUGUAUUUACAGUGAAACGUCGCCUACGUGACUAUCGGCGGGAAAUGGGCUCCCGCACCAAGGGCAUGCUGGACUCGAAUAUAAAUACGGAAAAGUCCGGGCAAGUAGUGGCUACAGCCAUUGCCAUCAACGCAGCCAAUCUGCUGUUUAAGGCAGGCGGCUGGUUAUACUGCGGUUCGCACAGCAUGUUUGCAGAGGUCAUUCACUCUCUUGCAGAUCUGAUCAAUCAGCUGAUAUUAGCUUUUGGUAUCUACAAGUCGUCACAGUUACCCGAUACGGAUCAUCCUUACGGCUAUAUGAACAUGCGCUACGUCUCUUCACUCAUCUCCGGCGUGGGCAUCUUUUGUGUAGGCAGCGGCUUAUCCAUUUACCAUGGCAUCGAGGGUAUGCUGCAUCCAGAACCGAUCACUGAUCUGUUCUGGGUGUAUUGCAUUCUUGCUGGCUCCCUUGUCAGCGAGGGCGCAACCCUCGUGGUGGCCAUCAAUGAAUUGAAGCGGGCCGCUAAGGAGAAUAAGUUAAGCUUUAAAGAGUAUGUUCUUACUGGCAAAGAUCCUUGUGUGAAUGUGGUGCUGUGCGAGGACGCAGCUGCAGUGACUGGCGUCGUGGUUGCCGGCAGCUGCAUGGGAUUAAGCAGUUUAACUGGUUCUCCGGUCUUCGAUGCUGUAGGUUCUUUGGUAAUUGGCGGUCUACUGGCUGCUGUUGCUUCCUUCAUCAUUUAUACGAAUGCCAACGCGUUGGUUGGCGUUUCCAUUCCCAUGGAUCGCUUAGAAAAGAUCAAUACGGCACUUGAGGCUGAUGUGAUGAUACGUGCUAUUUACGAUGUCAAGGGUAUAGGCAUUGGCAAUGGACGAGUACGAUAUAAGGCUGAGCUCGACUUUGAUGGACGUGAACUAACGCGUUCGUAUUUAGAUAAGCAGGACCUAAACAAGUUGCUUGCGAUUGUGCGCGGAUUUCGUAAUGUGGAUGAUUUGGAGGGCUUCUUGCUGGAUCAGGGGGAGAGUAUUGUGGACCUAAUGGGUGGAGAAAUUGAUCGAAUUGAAAUGAAUCUUCGCACGCAUUUUCCAGAAAUUCGUCACGUCGAUCUUGAAAUACUCUAAAGCCUUCCUUGCUUGCUGCUAAAUAUUGUUUUGGACCUGAGGGCUCUCAAUCAAAAUUUCCUGUGUAAUUUUCAUGUUCUAUACAUA